GCUCUCCUGUUAUUCUUCUUCAACUUUGAAAGGACUCUGCCGGGUACGAGAGCUACCCAAUAAACAGUCGCAAUCUCGAGGACUCGAGAAGUCAUUGGGAUCGUCGAAGGACGUCUUCGAAAACCUCGGUACCGCACCACUGGCAGCGAGUAGGUCUGCAGCACCGCCAUCAACAGUACCAAAGUUGGGUUCUACAUCCCAUCAUGGCGUCCAUUGUCAGGUCGCAUCAUCUGGGGGGGUUCGAGAUUAAUCCUCAGUUCGACUGCAGCGAUUUCGAACGUCUCCAAAUGAGAUUUGCAGAGACGCGGCGCAAUUCCGCUCCCAGAGUUUGCAUCAGUCAGAUACGCUUUGAAAGCACUCCUUCUACAAAUCAUCAAUGGUGAAUAUAACAGAGUUGGGAUGUACAUCAAAAUGAUCACAUCGUUUCAUACCACUCAUUGUUUAUGCCAAUGUCUUUUCUUCAACGAACCGUUGUUAGCCUCAUUCGCGAAUCCAGGAACAAACAAGCCCGCCACAUUGAGCAGCAUCUCUCGCAUUACGAAUCUCGGGAGCAGCUCCAUCUUCUAAAGCAAUUACUAUGCAUACGAUCGCCACAGCCGCCAUUACCAGGAGACUUAGUCAACGACAUCGACAGUAUCUUGACACAUUCUCAAAAUCAACGGAUACUUACUCGGGGGUCCUCAAUACCUGUUAGAGCGGCCUUGGACCGGCCUGGAAAGCCUAGCGUACAAUUGAUGCUCUGGCAAGGAGACAUCACAGCAUUAGCUAGCGAUGUUAUAGCCAUUACGAACGCAGCCAACUCUCAAAUGCUCGGCUGCUUCCAACCGACCCAUAAAUGUAUAGACAAUGUCAUACACUCGUUUGCAGGUCCUCAGCUACGGCAGGAAUGCUUUGAUAUAAUGGAGGCUAGGGGCUGCGAUCUGCCUGUCGGUGAGGCGGUUGUAACGAAGGGAUACUGCCUCCCUUCUCCACACAUUAUACAUAUCGUAGGACCGCAACUUGAUCCAGGCGCAGAUCCAACAAACGAAGAAAUUCAACAGCUGCGCCAGUGCUAUGUGUCGGUACUUGAGCAAUCAGACGGCCUCCCGGCGAACGAGGAUGGCUCAAAACGCAUCGCACUUUGCGGCAUAUCAACCGGGUUAUUCGCUUUUCCUACAAGCCUUGCGGCGAAGAUCGCCGUGGAUACUGUGGCUGCUUGGGUGGCACAUAAAGAAGACACGUCAAUCACAGAUGUCAUCUUCGUCACCUUCGCCGAGGGCGAUUACGACAUCUACAACAACCUUCUUCCAGAUAUAAAGGAGCCCUGGCGGUUGCAGAAUCCGCAUUUCCCUCCAACAGAGAUGUUGCAAGUGGAAGGCAACACCCUAACAACUGCCAGACAGUGGCUCAAAUCAGCCGACACAAUCGUCAUCUCAGCAGGUGCAGGUUUCUCAGCUGCCGAUGGACUAGAUUACACAUCCAAAGCGCUCUUCAAGAAGCACUUCCCCUCUUUCAUCGACAUGGGCCUGGAUACACUGUACAGCGCCAUCGGUUUCGAGUUCCCUUCUGAAGAAGCCAAGUGGGCGUACUACUUCAUUAAUAUACAGAUGGUACGCUCGUGGCCAGGCUGGGAUCUGUACCAAUGUCUUGUUCCUUGGUUGAAAGCGUCAGGCAAAGAUGUUCAUGUACGGACGAGUAAUGCCGAUGGUUUGUUCCUCACGAACGGAUGGGAUGAGGGGAGACUGUCGACGCCGCAGGGCAGGUACUCAGUACUACAGUGUUUAGCGAAAUGUCGCCCGGAUUCGACGUUUGAUACUUUGCCUUUCUACAAUGCUGCAUUGCCAUUCUUAGAUCCGAAGACGCAGAGACUCAUGGAACCUUCGAGAGUGCCAACGUGUAAGAAUUGCGGAGGCAAAAUGAUGCUGUGUGUAAGAGGAGGAAAUUGGUUCAACGACAGGCCAUUCCAGAAUGGCGAGAUGAGAUGGCGGAAGUUCCGGCACGACAUUCUUAGGGACGAAAAAGAGACUGUCAUACUCGAGUUGGGCGUUGGCAUGAACACACCUGGUGUUCUGAGAUGGCCUGACGAAGAUCUUGUCCGGAAGGGCGGCGGCAGGGUGAAGCUAGUGCGAGUCGGAUUGGGACCGUCUGCUGCGGUACCUGAUGACCUAGAAGAGGAUGGUCUUGCUGUCAGUAUUGAAGGCAACAUUAAGCUGGCUGUGCCUUGGAUGUUGGAAACUGCACCCUAUGAACCAGAACCCCUUGUCAAUAACACACUACAUCAUCUUAGACAUUGAACAAGCAUAGAAUCGGCUCUGCUAUAGACAAACAUAUAUAUUCAUCCGUAUUAUCUGUAAAUACUCAUCAC